UGCUGCAGCUGCAGCUGGUGGUGGUGGCGUGCGUCAGUUCUUCAAGACCAGCUGCCCCCCUCCCCACCCACUUCGCUCUCGGCUUCAUUACUCUCUGCAUUUGCAUUUGGGUGGGCGUGGGCCAUUCUCCUCCUCCGCUCUUGUUCUUCUUCCCUAGAUCUGAUCUGAGAGGCAUUGGAGCGUGCAGCAAUGGCGGGCGAACUUCCGACGCCCUUGGACAUGGACACCCCGGCCAAAGUGGAGAAGCAAGAUCCGAGGUGUCCGGAGAGCAUACCGGCGGUCCCGGCCACGGCGACCGCAAACUGGUCCAAAUGGUCCACGCUCCCGGACGAUCUCGUCCGCCGCAUCGCCAAGUGCUUCCUCUACACCAACGACGUCGACUACUACAUGUGCUUCCGCGCCGUCUGCCCCAGCUGGCGCGCCGUCACCGGCGACCCCAAGAGAGACGCUCUGGACUCUGGAGCCCUGCUUCUGUUGCUUCCAGCCGCUACAUUGGAUGGUCCUGGACGACGACUUCCAGAGCGACGACACGCGGAUGGUUCUGGAGCAGCGCUGGAAGUCAGAGGCAGGAGGUGGAGCGGCUUCGUCUUGCACGGAGGUUCGGUGAAGAUGUCAAGUCAUGCCUGACCGACAGGUGCUACGCUUGGUCAUGCCUGGUCGGCAGGUGCUACGCACGACAGAUCCUCCAAGGGCUUCAAGCUGUGUCGGCUGGUGGUACUUGGCAGCAUGGCGCUGAGGUGUAUCAGUGGCGACCGCGACGUGUUCAGCUGUUUGCGCGCAGGGAGGAGGUGCCGUUGGGCGCCGUGGUGGCGUCGACGGUAGCUGGACCGAGCAAGGUUGAUGCAUCAGUACAGUUCUGAAGAUGGAGCGGUGGCAGUUGGCGGCGGCGGCCUCUGAGAGCACGCCGGACCAGUGUGUGCCCUAGACCCGGCAAGUGGCUAGAUUGAGGUCUCAGGUCUUAGAUGUUAGGCUUGGCUGCGAUAUCUGUUUGGUAUUAGGCCCAGGCUAUCUGCGCCCCUUCAUCAACUGGAUAGGUGUAGCGACAGUUUGUUGUUUAGACGGCGGCUUUAGUCUUACUGUUGUAUGACUUUGUAAGGUCUUGUGAGAAUAAUUAAUAAAGUGGCCGUAUGCAUCGCCCAGAUGCGGAGGCCGGGGGUCAUCCUCCUUUUCUAAAAAAAAGGUCAGUGUAUGAAUCUAUUC